CAAAAGGCUAAAAUCUCAAAUUAGACAUAAACAUAAACCUUAAUAAGAAGUUAAAAAAACAAAUACAAAAAGCAAAAAGGAAUUGCAGCAGCACAAGGAGAAGAAGAAGAAGAAAUAGGUGAAAAAAAGUCAAUAUCAUCCUUCACAAAACACUUGAUCUAGAAGCAAUUGACACCCCAGAAGACUCAUAAAUCAAUUGUUUAAAUGAUCUCAUAAACCCCAUAUGUUGAAUUUUUUAUAGGAACAUAUAUAUUUAUUUUUUUUUAUUUUGAUUUGGUGAAGAAUGAUGAAUUCUGGGAUUAGUAGUAAUUCGAUGUCGUCUUCAUCGGCACCGGGGAAUAAUAGCAGUAACAACGCACAAUCACCUGGUUUGAAGACGUAUUUCAAAACCCCAGAAGGAAGAUACAAGCUUCAGUAUGAGAAGACUCACCCUGCUGGGCUUCUUCAUUAUGCUCAUGGAAAGACUGUAACUCAGGGUGGAGCAGUGGAUCAAUGGAGGUCCGUGCCCCUACACAAUCCUUCUCCUAAAAACAAGAAAAAAGAGGUGACUCUUGCUCAUCUCAAGGAUAAGCCGGCACAUGCGCAGCCCCAAUCAUCAUCAAGUUUUGGAGUGACCAGUGGUGUUAGGUCAGCUGCAGCAAGGUUCUUAGGUGGAAACGGUAGUAAAACACUUAGUUUUGUUGGAGGAAAUGGUGGAGGUAAGUCUAUCAGUGGCCUGAGUGGUAGGGUUGGAUCAUUUGGGGUGUCAAGUUCAAGUAGUUCUGUUGGUAAUUCAAAUUUUGAUGGCAAAGGAACCUAUUUAGUGUUCAAUGUUGGUGAUGCAAUUUUUAUCAGUGAUUUGAAUUCUCGAGAUAAGGACCCUAUAAAGUCUAUACAUUUCAGCAAUUCAAACCCCGUUUGCCAUGCAUUUGAUCCAGAUGCAAAGGAAGGACAUGACUUGCUCAUUGGGUUAAAUUCUGGAGAUGUUUAUUCAGUAUCUUUACGGCAACAACUACAAGAUGUUGGGAAGAAGCUUAUUGGGGCACAACAUUACAACAAGGAUGGUGUUGUCAACAACAGUCGUUGUACUAGUAUCGCAUGGGUGCCUAACAGUGAUGGGGCUUUUGUUGUUGCUCAUGCGGAUGGAAACUUUUAUGUCUAUGAUAAGAGCAAAGACGGUUCUGCUGAUCCUUCAUUUCCAAUCAUCAAGGAUCAAACUCAAUUUUCUGUUUCCCAUGCACGCUAUAGUAAGAAUCCUAUAGCUAGAUGGCAUAUUUGUCAAGGUUCAAUCAAUAGCAUUGCUAUCUCAAAUGAUGGGGCUUAUAUUGCAACUGUAGGGAGAGAUGGUUAUCUGAGAGUGUUUGACUAUAAAAAUGAACAGCUUAUAUGUGGUGGGAAAAGCUACUAUGGUGCUCUAUUGUGUUGUGCAUGGAGUAUGGAUGGGAAGUACAUUUUAACUGGUGGAGAAGAUGACCUAGUUCAAGUUUGGAGCAUGGAAGAAAGGAAAGUAGUUGCAUGGGGUGAGGGACACAAUUCUUGGGUAAGCGGAGUGGCAUUUGAUUCAUAUUGGUCAGCACCAAAUUCAGAUGCUACGGAUGAAAAUGUUGUCUACCGAUUUGGUUCUGUUGGUCAGGACACACAAUUACUUCUAUGGGAUCUGGAAAUGGAUGAGAUUGUAGUACCAAUGCGCCGUCCUCCUGGUGGAUCUCCAACUUUCAGCACCGGGAGUCAGUCAUCACAUUGGGAUAAUGCUUGCCCCGUGGGUACUUUGCAACCUGCUCCAAGUAUGCGAGAUAUUCCAAAAAUAUCACCCCUGGUUACUCACCGUGUUCAUACUGAACCACUCUCUGGUUUAACAUUCACUCAUGAAUCAGUGCUUACUGUCUGCCGGGAAGGGCACAUUAAGAUCUGGAUGAGACCAGGCUUUGGUGAAAGCCAAUCAAGCAACUCAGAUUCUUUAUUGAGUAGUAGUCUAAAGGAGAAGACAUCGUUAUCAGGGAAGACUCUUUCUUCGAAUUACAAGCAAUGACAUAACAAUCAUACAACGGGUUGCAAAGUAGAGGAUGCAGUAAGUGGGGGUCCUUUUCGUACAUACUACCAUUGACUGCUCUUCAAUUAGUAUGCUCAUUUCUAAUAAGCACAUGAUAUGAGGUUGCUCGAUGAGAUUAACUGACCAAUUGUAUAGCGAACAAUGAAGAUGCUGCUGGGAGCAAGACAAGGUCGGAAGAACAGUAUGUACCUAGCGGUAAGUAUGAAAUGCUUAACAAGAACUUCUAAGCUGAUGGGCUGAAAUAAUCGAUAUUGCCUUUUGAGAUGCGAAAUUCCUAGUUCCCACCCUGCUAGAACUCUCCCAGCCCCUCCCUUUUCCCCUCUUUGUUCUUUUCUUUCCUUUUUUUCUUCCUCUGUAGGCAAUUUUUCCUAGUAACUACUGGUUGACAUUUUUGUAUUGGAUUACCUCAUGUUUUGCCCUGUCUAAUAUUUUGGCCGCGGCGUAUGAGGCUGAUAAAGCUUAUUUAAGGCAUUUUUUCAUGAAAUUUUUCCUAUGCAACUCA